AUGGCUGCAUUAGAUAGACAUUUAAAAGAAAAUAGUGUUAUAGGUAAGGAUAUUGCUUUAACGGGUGAACAAUGUAAACAUAAAUUCCCACAAUCAUACAAAACCAUUGAAGGUAAAUUAAGAGAUAUGAAGAGAAAAGGCUUGAUUAAAAAAAAUUCUGCUGUAUCAUUAUCAACUGAUGAAAUCAAACAAAUACUUAAUCAUCAUUCAACUUCCCAUGAUGCAGCUGAAGGUCUUGUGAGACGUAUAUUUAAGAAUGAUCAAGGUGGAUUAUCAGGAAGCUCUUAUUGUCUUGAAAUUCCAUGA